AUGAACAAGCUACCAAUAGACCUAGUUAUGACUCGGUUCGCGCAUACGCUCCAGACUGGCUUGCUGCCCGACCAAGUCUGGAUGGUCAUUAGCUGGAUAGCCUUCUUUUUUAAAUUAGCCAGCUUAUCCUUCGCUGUCCCUAUUCUAUGCCUGGUCAUUUUCGACUUUUGUCUUUGGAUCUAUCGAUUGAACCAACCUCAGCCUCAGAACGCUCCACAAGCAAAUCGCAUUUCGCGCAAAGCUACCGGUCAUAGCAUUAACCCAAUGUCACCCGCAAGUGACAUAGGCUCCGCGACAGCUCUGGCUGCUAAUUCGACUACGAGUCAGAGACGUACCGUUUACUUGGAUCAUGCGAGCGAUUAA